AUGGAGAAGAUCGCACAACUCACAAACGAGCUCAAUCCAGACAUCAUUGCGAUCGCUGGCGAUUUAGCAGAUGGCUAUGUAAGGGAUUUCGCCGUUGCAGCUUCUCCUCUUUGCUCACUGAAAGCCAAAUAUGGCGUCUACUUUGCAACGGGCAAUCACGAGUAUAUGCACGGGAAUGUGGAUGAGUGGUUCGCGUAUCUGAAGGAUUGUAACAUAACUGUACUUCAUAAUUCGUUCAAGCGAUUUGUGACCAAUAAGGGAGACCAAAUGUGCAUGACGGGCGCUGAUGAUCUGUAUGCAGCGAAAUCUCAUUUCCCUGGACAUGCUAUGCAUCCGGAAAGGGCGGUGUCAGGUUGUCAACCGAACGACACCGUCAUCAUGCUUGCUCAUCAACCUAACGCUGCCAAACUGAUGCUAAAUCACCCAUCUGUGAGCGAGAAACUCGAUCUAAUACUGUCAGGACACACUCAUGGAGGACAGAUGUAUUUGUUCGUCCCAGUAAUCUACUUGGCCAACGCUUUUGCAAGAGGGUUGUACUACCAUGCAGCGACUGGGGUAUACGUUUAUGUCUCGGCUGGUGUCAAUUAUUUUGGACCUCCAAUCAAAAUGUUUGGUGCUUGUGAAAUCAUCGACAUCGUACUGAAACCUUCAGCAUGA